AUGGCUAGAUUGUCUGCUCCAAUUUCCCCACCAAUGGAAUCCACUGGUGACCGUUUGAUGACCUUGGAAACCAAGAAUGGUGAUGCCUUGCAGGGUUACUCUUUCGGUGCUCCAGUUUCUGCUGCUGGUGAGGUUGUUUUCCAAACUGGUAUGGUGGGUUACCCAGAAUCCAUCACUGAUCCAUCUUACGAGGGCCAGAUUUUGGUUAUUACUUACCCACUUGUUGGUAACUACGGUGUCCCAGACCGUGAGUUGAAGGACGACAUCGUUGACAAAUUGCCAAAGUACUUCGAGUCUAACCGUAUCCACAUUGCUGGUUUGAUUGUUGCUCACUACACCGAGGAGUACUCCCACUACUUGGCUAAGUCUUCUUUGGGCCAAUGGUUGCAGAAGGAGGGUGUUCCUGCCAUGUACGGUGUGGACACCAGAGCCUUGACCAAGAAGUUGAGAACUGAAGGUUCUACCUUGGGUAGAAUGGCUCUUCAGCUUUCCGACUCAAAGCAUGACGAAGCUGUUGGUGCUGAGAACUGGAGCAAAUACUUUGAUGUUCCAGAGUGGGAUGAUCCUAAUGUCAAGAAUUUGGUCGCUCAUGUUUCUACCAAGGAACCAGUGUUGUACACUCCAAAGUCCAACGCCAAGGUUGACAAGAACGGAAAGCCAAUCCGUAUUGUCGCUAUCGAUGUUGGUAUGAAGUACAACCAGAUUCGUUGUUUUGUCGCCAGAGGUGUGGAGUUGAAGGUGGUUCCUUGGGACUACGACUUUACCACUGAGGAGUACGAUGGUUUGUUCGUCUCCAACGGUCCAGGUGAUCCUCAGGUCAUGACCGAGACUGUUGCCAGAUUGGAGAAGGUUUUGAAGGAGGCCAAGACUCCAGUUUUCGGUAUUUGUUUGGGUCACCAGUUGUUGGCCAGAGCUACUGGUGCUUCUACUUUGAAGUUGAAGUUCGGUAACCGUGGUCACAACAUCCCAUGUACCUCCACCAUUUCUGGUAGAUGUUACAUCACCUCUCAGAACCACGGUUACGCAGUUGAUGUUGACACUUUGACCGACGGCUGGAAGGAGUUGUUUGUCAACGCCAACGAUGGUUCUAACGAGGGUAUCUAUCACGAGACCAAGCCUUUCUUCUCCGUGCAAUUCCACCCAGAGUCCACUCCAGGUCCAAGAGACACUGAGUUCUUGUUUGAUGUCUUCAUCGAUGCUGUUGUUGACUUCAAGAACACCGGCGUCUACAAGCCAGUUGAGUUCCCAGGCGGAAAGAUCGCUGACAACAGAGCUGCUCACCCAAGAGAGAAUGUCAAGAAAGUUCUUGUUUUGGGUUCUGGUGGUUUGUCCAUUGGUCAAGCAGGUGAGUUCGAUUACUCUGGUUCUCAGGCCAUCAAGGCUUUGAAAGAAGAAGGUAUUUACACUGUUUUGAUCAAUCCUAACAUUGCCACUAUUCAGACUUCCAAGGGUUUGGCUGACAAGGUCUACUUCUUGCCAGUCAACCCUGAAUUCGUCAGAAAAGUCAUCCAGCACGAGCGUCCAGAUGGUAUCUACUGUACUUUCGGUGGUCAGACUGCCUUGAGUGUCGGUAUUGCUUUGAAGGACGAGUUUGAGUCCUUGGGUGUUAAGGUUUUGGGUACCCCAAUCGAUACUGUUAUCACCACCGAGGACAGAGAGUUGUUCGCCAGUGCUAUGGAGGAGAUCAACGAGAAGUGCGCCAGAUCUGAGGCUUGUUCUACCGUCCAAGAGGCUGUUGAUGCCGCCAAUGCCAUCGGUUACCCAUUGAUUAUCAGAGCUGCUUACGCUUUGGGUGGUUUGGGUUCUGGUUUUGCUGACAAUGAGCAGGAGUUGGUCGAGUUGUGUAAGAAGGCUUUUGCUACUUCUCCUCAGGUUCUUGUGGAAAGAUCCAUGAAGGGCUGGAAGGAAGUUGAGUACGAAGUCGUUCGUGAUGCUUUCGACAACUGUAUCACUGUUUGUAACAUGGAGAACUUCGACCCAUUGGGUAUCCACACUGGUGACUCUAUCGUCGUUGCUCCAUCUCAGACCUUGUCCGAUGAGGACUACAACAUGUUGAGAACCACCGCUGUCAAUGUCAUCAGACACUUGGGAGUUGUUGGUGAAUGUAACAUCCAGUAUGCCUUGAACCCAUUCUCCAAGGAGUACUGUAUUAUCGAGGUUAAUGCUAGAUUGUCUCGUUCUUCUGCUUUGGCUUCCAAGGCCACUGGUUACCCAUUGGCUUACACUGCCGCCAAGUUGGGUUUGAACAUUCCUUUGAACGAGAUCAAGAACUCCGUUACUAAAUCCACCUGCGCAUGUUUCGAGCCAUCUUUGGAUUACGUUGUUGUCAAGAUCCCAAGAUGGGACUUGAAGAAGUUCACCAGAGUUUCUUCUUUGUUGUCUUCUUCCAUGAAGUCGGUUGGUGAGGUCAUGUCUAUCGGUAGAACUUUUGAGGAAGCUAUCCAGAAGGCCAUUAGAUCUACUGACUACCACAACUUGGGCUUCAACUCCACUGCUGCUUUGAUGUCUAUCGAUAUUGACACCGAGUUGCAAACUCCUUCUGACCAGCGUUUGUUCGCUAUUGCCAACGCUUUGUCUGACGGCUACUCCGUUGAAAAGGUUUGGCAAUUGACCAACAUUGACAAGUGGUUCUUGAACAAGUUAGAUGGAUUGAUCAAAUUCGGUAACAAGAUUGCAAGCUUCGGCGCCAAGGAGAACUUGCCAAUCCCUGUGUUGAGACAGGCCAAGCAGUUGGGCUUCGAGGACAGACAGAUUGCUAAGUUCUUGGACUCCAACGAGGUUGCCAUUAGAAGAUUGAGAAAGGAGGCUGGUGUUGUUCCAUUUGUGAAGCAGAUCGAUACUGUCGCUGCUGAAUUCCCAGCUUUCACCAAUUACUUGUAUGUUACUUACAACGCUGAUUCUUCAGAUGUCGACUUUGAAGAUCACGGUAUUAUUGUUUUGGGUUCUGGUGUCUACAGAAUUGGUUCUUCCGUUGAGUUCGACUGGUGUGCCGUCAGAGCUAUCAGAACUUUAAGAGAGAACAACUUCAAGACCAUUAUGAUCAACUACAACCCAGAAACCGUGUCCACUGAUUACGACGAGGCCGACAGAUUGUACUUUGAGACCAUCAACUUGGAGAGAGUGUUGGAUAUUUACGACUUGGAGCAGUCUGGAGGUGUUAUCAUCUCUAUGGGUGGUCAGACCUCUAACAACAUUGCGUUGACCUUGCAUCGUCAGAACGUCAAGAUCUUGGGUACUUCUCCAGAGAUGAUUGAUUCUGCUGAGAACAGAUACAAGUUCUCCAGAAUGUUGGACCAGAUUGGCGUUGACCAGCCAGCUUGGAAGGAAUUGACUUCCUUCGAAGAAGCUGAGGAGUUCGCUGAGAAGGUCACUUACCCAGUCUUGGUUCGUCCUUCUUAUGUGUUGUCUGGUGCUGCUAUGAACACUGUCUACUCUAAGGCUGACUUGGCUUCUUACUUGUCUCAGGCUGUGGAUGUUUCUCCAGACUACCCAGUCGUUAUCACCAAGUACAUUGAGAACGCUAAGGAAAUCGAGAUGGACGCCGUCGCUAAGGAUGGUAAGAUGAUCAUGCACGUUGUUUCUGAGCACGUUGAAAACGCUGGUGUCCACUCCGGUGACGCUACUCUUAUUGUGCCACCACAGGACUUGGACCGCGAGACUGUCAAGAGAAUUGUCGAGGCCACUGCCAAGAUCGGUAAGGCUUUGGAUAUCACUGGUCCUUACAAUAUUCAGUUCAUUGCCAAGGACAAUGACAUUAAGGUUAUUGAGUGUAACGUCCGUGCUUCCCGUUCGUUCCCAUUCAUCUCUAAAGUGGUGGGUACUGACUUGAUUGAAAUGGCCACUAAGGCUAUUGUUGAUCUUCCAGUGACUCCUUACCCAGGCGAAAAGUUGCCAGAGGACUACUGUGCCGUUAAGGUUCCUCAGUUCUCUUUCUCCAGAUUGGCUGGUGCUGACCCAAUCUUGGGUGUUGAGAUGGCUUCUACCGGUGAGGUUGCUACUUUCGGUAAGAACAAGUAUGAGGCUUACUUGAAAUCCUUGAUCUCUACUGGUUUCAAGUUGCCAAAGAAAAACAUUUUGUUCUCUAUCGGUUCUUACAAGGAAAAGCAGGAAUUGUUGCCUGCCAUCAAGAAGUUGCAUGAAAUGGGCUACAAGUUGUUCGCUACUGCUGGUACAGCUGAUUUUAUCAAGGAGCAUGGUAUUCCAGUCCACUACUUGGAAGUGUUGAGCGAGGAGGAGGACCAGAAGUCCGAAUACUCUUUAACCCAGCACUUGGCCAACAACUUGAUUGACUUGUACAUCAACUUGCCAUCUUCCAACAGAUUCCGUCGUCCUGCUAACUACAUGUCCAAGGGUUACGAAUCCCGUCGUAUGGCUGUUGACUACUCUGUGCCAUUGGUUACCAACGUUAAGUGUGCCAAGUUGUUGAUUGAGGCUCUUUCCAGAAAUAUCACUUUGGAUGUCUCCAACAGCGAUGCCCAGACCUCUCACUCCACUGCUGUUUUGCCAGGUUUGAUUAACAUCUCUUCUUUCGUUCCAUCUUUGAACGACUUCUUGACUGCCACCAAGACCUCUUUGGCUGCUGGUUUCACUUUCAACUCUUUCUUGCCACAAACUGUCAGUGGUUCCACUAUCGUGGACAUUGAUUCCUUGGGAAAUGCAAUUGACUUGGCCUCUGAGUCCGCUUACACUGACUUCUCCAUCUCUAUUGCUGGUUCCGAGACCAACUCCGAGGAAUCUGCUGAGGCUGCUACCAACGCAGGUGCAUUGUUUUUGCCAUUCAACGACCUUGCUAACUCUAAGGUUUCUUCGAUCUCGGCUCACUUUGCUUCCUGGCCAACUGCUAAGCCAAUCAUCACUGACGCAAAGGCUACUGACUUAGCCUCCGUCUUGUUGUUGGCUUCCUUGCACAACCGUUCUAUUCACAUUACUGGUGUCUCUUCUGAAGAGGACUUGGAGUUGAUCAAGAUGUCCAAGGCCAGAAGCUUGCAGGUGACCUGUGACGUGAACGUAUACUCUUUGUUCUUAUCUAGAGCCGACUAUCCACAAUUUAACUUCUUACCAACUGAGGAGGACCAGAAGGCAUUGUGGAACGGUUUGGAGUCCAUUGACUGUUUCUCUGUUGGUGUCUUGCCAUACUUGGUUGCUAAGGGUCUUGGCCACGACAUUGUCCCAGGUUUGGGUUUGAAGGAGUCGUUGCCAUUGUUGCUUUCUGCUGUCAAGGAGGGUAAGCUCACCAUUGACGACAUUGUUAAGCGUUUCACUAUCAACCCAAGCAAGAUUUUGAACAUUCCAAAGCAGGAUGCUUAUGUUGAUGUUGAAUUGGACAGGAUCGUGUCUAUCAACGAAACUGUUUCUUCCAUCUUCAAGAACUCCACCUUGAGAGGUUACAUCGAGAGAGUCUCCAACCACGGUGAGACUGUCUGCUUGGAUGGUACCGUUGUCACCGACGCUUCCGGUAAGAACGAAACUGAGGCUAGAGACAGAUUUGGCUCUAUCACUAGCAUCCCAGCAUCUCCAAGCUUGGGCAGAAAGGCUAGAAUGUCCUUCGGUGAGGGCCGUCGUCCAUCUUUCAAAGAGAGAGACACUCCCGCUGCUACAUUGGAGAGAUUGGGCACUGAGUUGGUGUCGCAGCCACCUGCUGGUCACUUGUUUGAGUCCAACGCUUUGGUUGACUACAUCAGAAACAAUAACUCUUUCUUGAGAAACUCAGUGUUGUCUGUCAAGUCGUUCUCCCGUUCUGACUUGCACUCCUUGUUCACUGUUGCCCAGGAAAUGAGAUUAGCUGUUGAGAGACAGGGUGUUUUGGAUUUGUUGAGAGGUAGAUUGUUGGCUACCAUGUUCUACGAACCAUCUACCAGAACAUCUUCUUCUUUCGACGCUGCUAUGCAGAGAUUGGGUGGUAGAGUUGUUGCUGUUGCUGCUGGCUCUUCCUCUGUUAAGAAGGGUGAGACUUUGCAGGACACUAUCCGUUCUUUGGCUUGUUACUCUGAUGCUAUCGUCUUGAGACACCCAGACGAAGAAUCUGCUGACAUUGCUGCUAAGUUCUCUCCUGUACCAAUCAUUAACGGUGGUAACGGAAGCAAGGAGCACCCAUCUCAGGCAUUGUUGGACUUGUUCACCAUCAGAGAGGAGUUGGGUACUGUGAAUGGUAUCACUGUUACUUUCAUGGGUGAUUUGAAAUACGGUAGACCAGUUCACUCUUUGUUGUACUUGUUGCGUCACUACCAGGUUAGAGUGCACUUGGUCUCUCCAAAGGAGUUAUCCUUGCCAUCUAGUCUUAAGGAGAUGUUGAAGGCUAACAACAUGUUGGUUUCUGAGACUGAGGAGUUGACUCCAGAAAUUAUUGCUAAGUCAGAUGUCUUGUACUGUACUAGAGUCCAGGAAGAGAGAUUCAAGGACAAGGAUCAGUACUUGAGAUUGAAGGACACCUACGUUGUUGAUAACAAGAUCUUGUCUCACGCCAAGCAGCACAUGUGUGUCAUGCACCCAUUGCCUAGAACUUCCGAGAUUAAGGAAGAGGUUGACUUUGACCAGAGAGCUGCAUACUUCAGACAAAUGAGAUACGGUUUGUACGUGAGAAUGGCCUUGUUGGCUAUGGUUAUCGGUGUUGACUUUUAA